AUGGGCGAUCAAGAAAACAGUAAUCCUAAUUUAGAGGACGCAAAUCAUGCAGAAGACGAAAAUCACUUCGUUGAUGAAGAUAUAGAGGUUAAUAUUGAUUUUAGUGAAGGACAACCACAUGUUACACAUGAUUACGUUUCUCCUGGUGGCACCUUGUAUUGGACCCCUAUUGUUUCAGACGAUAUCAAACUAAAAGUUACAUCAAAAUUUAAUUCAUAUGGUGAAGCAGUAACAAUCUAUAGAAACUAUGCAUUAGAAUCUGGUUUUGAUGUCAGGCUUCGAAGAGUACAAAAAACGAAAAAUGAGAUUAUUACAAAUAGACAUCUUGUAUGCAAUCGUGAAGGUAAUCCAGAUACUAGUAAAGUAGAUACUCUGGACAUUCAGCAUAAAAAGACUCAAAGAAGGAAAGAUUUAUUUAGGAGGAAUUGUAAAGCGAAAGUUGUUUUAGAAAUAAUUCUCGGUACUCUUAAAUAUGUCGUGAGUGAUUUUUUCGAGCAACAUAAUCACGAGUUGUUUAGCAACAACAAUAUGUACUUAUCUCGUUCAAAGAGAAAACUUGAUUAUUCCCAGGAAAUUUUCAUUCAUAAUUUGUCAAAACAAAAUAUUGGUUUUGUAAAAACACAUAGACUGUAUAGUGUUCUUCAGGUCGGUCCUUCUGUUCGAGGUGGAUUGGUUUCUAAUUUCAAGAAUGCUAGGAGAAAUCUUAAUUGUUACAUAGGUGGGAGGGACGCGAAAUUCCUUGUUGACAACAUGAAUGACAGGACGAAAAAUGUCCCAUCAUUUACUUUUGAGUAUAAAGUGAUGAACAAAAUACUGAAUGCUUUAUUCUGGGCUGACGAAACAGCAAAGUAUAACUACAAUUCUUUCAGAGACGUUCUAUCACUCGAUGCCACAUUCAGCAUGAAUAAGUAUGAUAUGGUUUUUGUUCCAUUCACUGGCAUCGAUAACCACAAAAAGUGUGUAACAUUUGGUGCUGUACUUUUAAGUAAAGAAGAUGGAGUUUCUUAUGAAUGGUUGCUUAGGGCUUUUCUGAAAUCUUUUAGAAAACAACCUCAAUUGGUUAUAUGUGACCAAGAUCCAGCUUUGAAAAAAGCUAUAGAUAAGGUUUUCCCGUUUGCACAUCAUAGGUUAUGUAUGUGGCAUAUAACAAAGAAGUUGCCAAAUAAGAUUCUAUCAAUUGAAGAUGCAGCCACCAAUCAAAAAUUUCAAAAGUGUUUUCACUCUAUAAUUUGGAAUUCUAAGCUGGAAUCACAUAAAUUCGAGAAUGUAUGGCGGAUCUUAUGCAGACACAUAUUCGGUGUGUUUAAGUUUUAUGGCAUUGAACAAAUUUCUGAAAAGUACAUUUUGAAACGUUGGCGUAGGGAUGUUAUUCCAACAGAAUUACUGAAAAGACGCUUCAAUAGUUCUUUUGAUGAUUCUAAUUCCGACAUGACUGCUAUUGAUAUUCUUUCAACCGUUGACUGUUGUGUGUCUUUUUUAAGCCAUGAUACAGCUAAGUUAAAGUUAUACCUUGACGAGCAGAAUAAGUUGAAAAAAAAAUUCAUAGACGAUUCUCCAACUCAUAAUAUACCGAACAUAGCAGAACAGUUCAAGAAGCUUCUAGGCGUAGUAUGUCCUGAUGUAGUAUCUGAUGUUAGCGACAUUCAAAAUCCUACAGAUAUUUGUAACAAAUGGUCCGGUACUCGUGGGAAAAGAUUAAAAUCUACAAAAGAGAUGAUUGAGAAAGAAAUCUUGAAAGCUAAGAGGAAGUGUGCUACAUGUCAACAGAUGGUUCAUCAUCAUAAAAGAAAUUGUCCUUUAAAGAACGCCGAGAAAUAA